UACUGUUGUCUGUUUUGUUUGUUGGUAGAUCAAUUUAUAUGUAUAGGAUAUAGAGUAUGCACAAACGCCACAAAUAAGUAGUCGACAUAUUUCUAAAAGUCGUCAUUAAAAUUUGAAAUUAUUAAGUGCUUACUGUUCCCUAACAAGUGACUUCAACGAUAAGUAACAACUUAAAUUGUUAAAAAAAGCAAAAUAACUUCUGUGUUGUAAUAAGUAAUAACUAAUACUAAAAAAUACCCAAAUAGAAAUUAUUAUUUAGUUUUAUUAUUGUAUCAUGUGAUAUAUUUUUUUUUCACUUGAAGUAUAUAGUUUUCAAACCUUAACAUGGGCGUUACAAUUAUACAACAGUUUCCGAUGAAAGAAAAUCGUACAGGUGCUCAAAUAAUUGAAUUUCUUACGAAAAGAGUGAAUGCACUUGGUGCCAAACAAUGUGGUACAUUUCUUGUUGACUGUGAGACAUACGCCUCUAUACCUCAAUUAGGUGUCCAACGAACAUUACAUGUAUUUCAUAAUUCAGAACAGCCAGCAUCAGUGUUUGCGAUUCUUGAUAAUGGUACUGGAAAAACUGUGCCUGUUGUCGCAGAUGCAUUAUUUGAUUUGCUUUUGUUGAAGAUGUCGUCUGUGUAUACCUCUAAAAAAUCUAAAGUUGAAAUUAGAGGUCCAAGAUUUGAGCUAAAUGAUUUUGUUAUUAAAAUUGGAGCAAUAAAUAUUAAUCACAAUGUUAAAGGCAUUAUUGUGGAGGCAGAAUAUAGGCCUUGUGUUGUGUUUGGUUUAUGUUGGGAUAUGUUACGAGAAUUUCUUCAAGGAUUUUUAGGAUCUUGUGUGUCAAAUAUUCCUCCUCAUUAUUUUCAAAAUCGUAUGAAUGAUAUUUUUCAACCAUUGGACACCAUUCAACAGUACUUGGAUCAUAUAACUAUAUAUAGAAAAGCCACAGGAAUUUUACAACAAUUUAAUACUACUAAUACUUGAAUAUAAAUAAACCAA